AUGGCGAGAUGGCCCAAGUGGUUAGAGCGCGAAUUUACUGACCGGAAGGUUUGUGGUUCGAAUCCGACCUCCGCCACUCGACUUCCCCUGUCUAGGCUUGGGCAACCUGGCAGUAUCCUAGCCCUCGUGCUUCCUUCGGGUGGCAUGGCAGCGCCGAAACCACUCACCCAACUGAAAAACAUUCAUAACGAGCAUUUUACGAAGCUUCAUAAUAAAAGCACAUCUGAGACAGAUUUACUGGAUGACAUACGGCUGUUUUGCAAACAACGGGCUGCAAUCGAACGGGAGUAUGGACAAUCCCUUCGGAAGUUGACAAAUGGAUUCUUGACAAAAAAGGAGCUCAGCAAUGCAAUUUCAUUGGACCAUGAUAUACCAAAUGGACAGAGUAUUUGGCGCGUCUGGCGUGCUCUCCUCGAUGAGUCGAACAACCUGGCUUUGUCUCAUCUUCGCGCUUCAGAGACACAACAGCGAAUAUGCAGGGACCUCAAGCCUUUGAAAUUACAACGGAUAGCAGUUGGUAAAAGAGUUUUCGAACAGCUUCGAACAUUACAGGGUGAUCUUGCGGCCUGUGUCCAAGAAAUGGUAAAGUCGCACAAGGUUUAUGCGGAAGAAGAGAAGCAAGCCCAAGAAACGCGACUGAAGGCAAUGGCAAUGGAGGAGAAGAUUCGGCGACGUUCCACCGACAUAUUCCAUUCCAUGGCACAGCUGCAUCGGAAUUACGAAAAGCUAAUUAUACGACGCCAGGCUUAUGAUGCACGUUCGGCAACUGCACGAAAUGAAUAUCUCUUCCAACUGGCUGCAAUUAAUGCCCACUUGAGACACUACUUUACAAAGGAUGUGCCCAGUCUCGUCAAGACUUUGGAUGGCGAGUUGUUUGAGAAACUCAGCGAGGUACUAUCUACCCUGAGUCAACACGAGGCAGAAAUGUGUGCCCUUACACGCGAACGAUUCCAGCGUGUCUUCAGAGACGCUUCACAGAUCACGCGCAGUUAUGCAUGGGAAAGCUUCUUAAGAGCUUGUCCAUUAUUCGACAAAGCGGUACAAUAUCAAUUUGAACCAAUGGAGGGUGAUGAGAUCACCCUUUUACGUUCUCCCGAUGCGAAGGAAGCCAGCCUGGAACAGAUCGCUCGCAAACUAGCUCGUCGUCUGGUAUUACGAGAGCGCCGAAUCGCAUCAUACGAAAACGAACUGAAAACACUUCAAACGGGCUCUGCCAAUCCCCACAAUAAUUCGCAAGCCGUCCCUGGUAGUCCAGAUUCCGAAAACCAAGAAGAGUUACUGUCGUUCAAUCAGGAAUAUGUGGAGCAUAAAGUGGAGGAAAUUCAGUUCGCCAUUCGACGGGAAGAGAUUGAACGGGUAAAAAUUGAGGCGUGCCUCGGGCUGUUACGGAAUUCCGCAGUCGAAGUGAAGCAGUUUGUUGCAGAGGCUCGCGCAGCAGCAGAUGCUGCGGUCUCUGCAGCAUUGGCACAGCAGCUUCGUGAAACAGACGGAGGCCUUAUAAGUGACUUGCGCGUUACUUCCCACCUGAGCGACCGCCCCACUGGGGAAGGUAGCAGUGAUAGCGUCUCGAGCAGCGUUGACAAUCAGCGGAUCUUCAGUCGACAUUACGCCACUCCUCAUGGCAGUCGUUCGAACACCAUUGGGGCCGGCUACCUUGCUCGAGGGCAUACACAUACGGAAUCCAGCUACUCCAUCCGUGCGAACACUCUUGGCUCGGACAAAUGGACUUCAGCCGAUGAAGAUCGAGAGUGCUACGGAUCUGGAUCACUAGACCAUGAGAUAGAGCGUGACGUGAUCAAGUUCCACAGGAAUCCCCCCCCACGCCCUGCGACAAUCGGACAGGCCUCUAGUCGGAAGCCAGGCAAUGGGACAGUGACGCCUAACAGAACCACUGCUUGGGGCUCGUUACGAGCGAUUAAUUCGGCCAGCCACGAUUAUCAGAAUGUCGAACCCACACUUCGUGCUCAUGACGACCUUUCUAUGGACAAAACUCGUACGCAGCAUGGUUCUUUAGGCAGACGAGAACAUAAAUCAAAUGAUGCCCUAGUAAAUGAAUCACUGGACUUGGAGUUGCUGUGGUCCGACCACGGGCGCUUGCAGCAAGCAAGCGUUUUGCACGAGUUUCGAGCCAAAAGACCGGAUGAGCUGGAUCUAGUGAUGCACGAGACGGUGGUUUUGCUGGACCCUGCUGGAUCAAGUGGUUGGGUUAAGGUUCGUAGCCUCAUCGACGGUAACGAAGGUUUGGUCCCCCUCAACUAUCUCCGGUUGCAUCAGCCCCAAAUCAGAUCAAGAUCGCAGCUUGAGACAGACAACGAAGAUGAAGUCGAGGCGAGUCAACUGGAUGACAAAGCAGUGCCGAAUACUUCGACCGCAGCAGAUAUGCCACCUAAGAUAGCAAAUGCUUCACCGUACGAGAAUAUAGUCGCUGCACCACCCCAUGUAGAGGAAGAGGUGAUCAAGCAUUCAAAGUCUCACCUACCUAGCUACGGGACAAAAAGAAAUUCCGGGCUUCAUCAGAAUAGUAUCCCAACGGCAUCGAGCGACCAAUUCCAGUCGAUAAACGCUGGUCACGGUACACUACCGACCACUCCUGCAACGCCGGAUGUCAAAAAGCCGGGAAAACACCUCCCCAUUCCAGGCAGCUUUGUGCGUACGCUAAUAGAAUUCGAAGGAAACCACCCGGACGAACUGCAUUUCUCUCCCGGUUCGGUCAUACGCGUACUCGGUCGAGCUCCUGUCCCGGAUGGCGCAACCGAUACAUCAAGUCCCGAUGAGCUAUCUCCCUUGAAUCGGUUAAAUAAUUCCAUCACUUCCGGUGUUGAUGACGGUUGGUGGGAAGGUGAACUAUUGGUCCCCUCUUCAAAUUCCGCGGCUACUCAACAGUACACGCGAAUACGAGGCGUAUUCCCCUCGAUGCUGAUCCACCCCAUGUCCUCUGAAGAUGCUGAGCCCUGGGAGUUGGUUUGGAAAAAUAGUGUACCGAACCAGCCAGAGCUGAAUGGUAAUGAGUGCGAUGCCAACUCGGAUCAAAAGACACUAUCAUCAGGCCUUCAAACCGAACGCACAGACCAGGACGAUACGAUACGGUGCACACUGAUAACAACGCCCGUAUCGAAAACUGAUCGACCAGAUACCUCGCAUUCUGAUGGAGAUUAUAUACAACUGAAGAGUGAACAGCUUAUCAAUUCCAGACCGGUAGAGCAUGGACAUUCCCCACAAAUCCUAACGCGAGCGAUGUUGCAACAAGCAGCAAAUGACGAACUCGAAGACGAACUUCCAAUUGCCGAGGUCUAAUUCCGGAAAUUUUAACUCAACUGAAAGUGAGCCACCUUCUCUGAUUCCCCUUAGGACCUACGAAACCCCCAUAGUAGUUGGUGCCUGUUCUCCAUCUAUCAUUUUCCAAAGGUGAUCAUGUACAGUUACCCCUCUCCAUCGUUUCCAUCCUCCAUCCAUUAAAUUGCCAACCCAAAACGACCAAGCGCCCUCUCUAUCCUCUGUUCUAUGGUUUAUAACCAUCGCUUGUAUUGCUUUUCGUGUACUCAUUUCCGUUACAUUAGGGAUAAAGUUAUCCCCCCUGUUCUGUUACCUAUUUUGGCAUACCUCAAUGCGCCAUUGAGCGCGAUCUGGGACACGUUAUUCAACACGUUUUUUUCCCAUUUCUCAACAUUAUGUAUCGUCACUAUAUGCGGAGCAAUCAAAUACAUA